GCACAUAAAAAGAUGGUUUUUAGAGUUGCAUAUUGCAUUCUUUUCUUUUAUGUUCUAAUCUUGACGAGUGGUCAUGCAAGAGCAAUUAGGGUUGUGACAAACCAAGAGCAUUUCCACAAAAAUAUGAAGCAAAUUAUAAAUGAAAAAUCACUUGAUCUAUAUUACAAGAUCUUAAAUGAGCUAUUUAAAAGGCCAGCUUCACCUAUACCUCCACCUCCUCCGGGUCCUCCAGGAUUACCAGGUGAAGGUGUGCAAUUUGACGAUUUUGUGCUUGAUUUUAUAGAAGCUUCAUAUAUUGGAUUGUUCACUCCUCGUAAUGUGUAUUCCGGAAAAGUUUUACCCAUCUAUUUUCCAAUAAAAGACAAUUCAUCUAUUCUUCCUUUCACUAUUCCUCAAGAAAUGGUUCAUCCUUCCAUUACUCAUCCUUUGUCUGAACUCGCAAUGAUCUUCAAGCCCUUUUCGAUCUCUUGUCGGGAUUUCAAGAGCCUAUCCAAUAACGCUGAUACAUGCGAAAUACAACCCGAGGAUGUUGAUACCAAGAUUUGUGUAAGAGAUACGGAGUCGAUUGUUCAAUUUAUUGAUCGCUUCUUUAAAUCAGACGAAAUAGAAGGUAGUUUCAAGGUUUUAGAAACUAAACAACCAAAAACUUACUCGACUGCGUCUUUGCAAGAGUAUGUUGUUAUAGGAGAUCCGGAAGAGAUUGAAGGCGAAAAAAAAGUAGUUUGCCAUCCGAUGAGUGAUGCUUUUUAUUGCCAUUUCGCUUCUAUGACCAAGGUUCUUAAGGUCUCGUUAGCAACUGAAAAUGGAGAUAAAUUUGAAGCUAUGGCUGUUUGCCGCAUGAACCAUAAUUCCGAUAGUAUUUUGGAUCAAACGAUAGCGUACACACCAUUUUAA